AUGGCGACGGCGGCGCGGCAGAGGGGGACGGUGAAGUGGUUCAACGACACCAAGGGCUUCGGCUUCAUCUCGCCCGAGGACGGCAGCGAGGACCUGUUCGUACACCAGUCGUCGAUCAAGUCGGAGGGCUUCCGCUCCCUCGCCGAGGGCGAGGAGGUGGAGUUCUCCGUCUCGGAGGGCGACGACGGCCGCACCAAGGCCGUCGACGUGACCGGCCCCGACGGAUCCUACGUCAAGGGCGGGAGCGGCGGAGGCGGAGGCGGAGGCGGCGGGGGAGGCUACGGCUCCCGCGGCGGGGGUGGAUCUGGCGGCGGCGGCCGCAGCUAUGGCGGUAGCUGGGGCGGCGGCCGGAGAUCCGGCGGUGGAGGCGGCGCCGGCGCCUGCUACAAGUGUGGCGAGCCUGGUCACAUGGCUAGGGACUGCCCCAGCGCCGACGGCGGCGGUGGAGGCUACGGUGGCGGUGGCGGCGGCUACGGAGGUGGCGGAGGCGGCUGCUUCAAGUGCGGCGAGCAAGGCCACAUGGCCAGGGACUGCCCCAGCGGCGGAGGUGGCUACGGCGGCGGCGGUGGCGGCUACGGUGGUGGUGGCGGCGGUGGCGGCUACGGUGGUGGCGGCGGCGGCGCCUGCUACAACUGCGGCCAGACCGGCCACAUGGCCAGGGACUGCCCCAGCGGCGGCGGAGGAGGAGGAGGUUCGGCGGCGGCGGCGGCGGUGGCGGCGGCGGCGGCGACCGCUCCUGCUACAACUGCGGCGAGGCCGGCCACAUCGCCCGCGACUGCCCCACGUGAGGUGGGUCCCGGUCCCGUCCGGCCAGAUCAGAUCGGAUCGCUCCACCAACUGCUGGUCUGA